AUGGAUUCUAUGAUUGAAGAUGAGAGGGAGGGUAUAACUGGUUUCACUUUACGCCGCCAUGUUUCGUUACUUGAAAAGCGUUUAUUACGUAACCAACAGGUUCGUCUGGAGUACCCAAACAACCCAGAGCGUUUGAGGAGCUUGGUGGUUUGCGUGUUUUGCGCGAUACGUUAUCGCAUCCAAACAUUGGUUUGUUUUUUUUUCAUUUGUGAUAUUUCAUCGCACAUAGACAUCGCAAUUGCUACUCUAACAGUACUGGCGGAGUUAAUUGAUCCUGAGGCAUUGGUCAAUCUUAGCGGUGCCGAGCGUUUCUUGACUGCCUUACAGCAACAGUCUUUUCACAUACCAUGUGUUAGCGCUCUGUUGCAGAUCGAUGAGAGUGGCGGUGAAUUGGACUACGAGGGCGCUCGUAGCGCACUUGAGUUAUUGGAGAGUUUGAUGGAGUUGUUUCCUUCAGUUGCGGGUGAUUUGAGUUGCAAUCGUGAAUUACUGUUGUUUCUUCUUCGUCGGAUGAAAAGCAGUAAGACGGUCGAAUAUGAUUCGAAUAGAGUACAUGCUGGGGAGAUUUUGUGCAUAUUGCUGCAACACUCUGAUGACUGCAUUAAGCUGGUUGGUGGCAGCGAUAUUGAUGGCGUUGAGAAGCUUUUACGUAUUAUCACCGUUUUUCGCAAGAAGGAUCCUGAGGGAGUUGAAGAAGAAGAGUUAGUAGAGAAUGCUUUCCAGUGUCUGUGUACUUUGAUGUUAAUCCCGUCUAAUCGCGUCACUUUUGGGAAGCUUCAAGGUGUCCACUUGCUCAUCCGUUUGAUGAAAGAAAGGCGUUCUAUAUACCAAUUAGCUAUAACAUUGCUGGAUUAUGCUUUGAUGGAUUGUCCGGAGAACUGCACAUUGUUCGUGACAGGGAUGGGUUUAAAAUGUGUAUUUAGCAUAUUGAUGCGCAAGGGUGUUCGUACUAAAGCUGGUACCGAUGAAGAGAAGCGUGAGGACGAACAUGUUUUAGGCGUGUUGCAUUCAUUGUGUUCUCACUGUACGGGUACGGAGCUUGCACGGGUUCUAAAUAAAUUCAUUGAGCACAAAUACGAGAAAAUGGAACGUCUUAUAGAGCUCCAUGCCAAAUACACAGCUUUAAGUCGUGCUGCGGGAAAGAAAUUUGCGAACCGUAGUUCAAGUUCCAGGUCGCUGUCUUCUGCUUCACAAAGGAACGAUUCAAACGAAGAGUAUAUGGAACGGUACGAAGCCGGCCUUUCUAUCUGCCAACUUGUGGAUUGUAUACUGUUGCGUCUAUAUAAUAUGGGCAACUCGAAUUUGAGCUCCUGUAUGUUGGUUCUUUUGCACAACAAAGGUGUUGAGAUGCAAGAUAUCUACGACAAUAUAUCAGGUGAGUUGAGCACUAUCUACACUACAAUCACUAUAGAUUAUCUCGACAACCUCUACGAGGGUGCUGCGGACACUCGUGAGAAGGUUGACCGUCUGCUGAAGUCAUUCUUAAAUGGUGCCAUUGAUAGUGGCCUGUUCACAUGA